AUGUUGAAUGAUGAAAAGAAAAUGUGGCAUAAUUGUAUACGUCUCAUAACACUAUACGCAUUGGCAACGCCGUCAGGCUUGGCCGGUGCCAAACUCGAAUUGCCAACGCAGCCGCAAAUCUGCAAUAGUGAAAUGUGUGAAUGCACUAGUGCUAAUUUCGAAUGCCGCUUAAAAGGAAGAUUCAGCUUAGUCAAUGUAGAAUCCAGAGUGCGCGUAUGGAACGCCCAAACAGAUGUGCUCACUGCGUACGAUUUAAAUAUAACUUGCAUAUAUGAACCUGAGGAUUUAAAUGUGGUGCUAAAUAUGAUGCCACCAAUAAUAUUUGAAGAGCCAUUGCAAUACUAUUUGAAAAACUGCUUGGAAUACCCCGCUAUACUGCAGCAGUCGCAUGUAACAUACGAAGGUAUUGUGGAAUUCGAUCAAUAUUUGGAAACGCCGCCGAGAUUUUUCAAUCAAACGCCAGUUUUGCAAGCGCUGACUUUGCCAGUGCAUUUCAAUUAUGUCAAGAACCCGUUGCCGCCGCAAUUGUUGCAUAAUUUAACGAAUUUACAACAUUUGGUUUUGCAGCUUUACACUCCGUAUCCGGAAGUACGCUAUCCCGUCGAACUUUUGCACACACUGUACAAAUUGGAAACACUUUCCAUAGAGCUCAUAGCGCUGCAAACAAACGUACGCGACACUCAAAGCGCGCAUUUUCGCGAUCUGCGCGCACUAAAGCAAUUGAAUUUAGAAGCAAAUCAUAUGACGGCACUACCUGCCAAACUCUUCAGCACACUACCAGAGUUGAGAAGGUUGAGCUUACGACUGAAUGACUUAGAGGAGCUGCCGCCGGAUUUGUUACGUAUGCAGCGUAAACUGCUCGUACUAGAUAUAUCGGAGAAUCACUUAAGCGCAUUACCCAAAGGCUUAUUUGACAAUACGCCGCUGCUCUGGGAGCUCUUACUCGCGCACAAUAGAUUCAGUGUGCCAACAAGUAUUAUUGAAAAUGUGCAUGCGCUUAACUUUUUGCGCAAAAUCAAUUUGGGCUACAAUGGCUUACAGACGGUUUGGGGUACAGGUAUCUACAGCAAUCACACGCUUUUCACACGCGCCAAUAUUACAGAUGCGCAAUCGCUGACCAACUUUGAGCGCAUGGUUAAGUACAUCGCGGUCUUGCGUGAACUUGAGCCGCUUAACUAUACGGAGGUGGUGCUGAGAGCUAACCAACUCACAUACUUUUCGUUGGACUGGAUUGCGGCGGCAGGCAUCAGCUGCCCUUACUAUAUUGAUCUCGCAAUAAAUAACAUAAGCCACGUACAUGCGCUCCUGUCACCGACAAAAGCAACCUGUCGGCAAGAAGUGCACUUGUUGUAUAAUCCGCUUGUGUGCGAUUGUGAAUUAGCUUGGAUCUACAAUACGAAUAUGCUUGUAAUUGGCGUUCAGUGGCAGUGCGCAACGCCGGAGCGCUUAUAUGGUAGCGAUUUGCGUAAUUUGCAUAGAGACGCGCUUUGUGACUGGUCACCCGCCUGGUGUCCAUUGAAAUGCCGUUGUACGCGGCAAUUGAAUGCGCUGCUAAUCGAUUGCAGCGCGGCAGCGCUACAAGCACUUAGUCAGCUACCGCGGCCCGAACAGUUGUCGCUGGUGGAGACUACGCUCAACCUCACGCGCAAUCAAUUUCGGGAGUUGCCAUCGAACGCCACUUUCGGCUAUGCGAAUGUGACGCGCCUGUAUGCGGCGCACAACCGCCUAAAUACCCUGCUACCGACACAUUUGCCACAUACGCUGCGCGUCUUAGACCUGCGCACGAAUCAGCUGCAGCGCUUGGGUGAGAACUUUCUGCGCGCUUAUCUAAACGACAGCGCUACGCUUACAGCGCUUUAUCUCUCCGACAAUCCGUGGCUGUGCGAUUGUGCCACAGAGCUCUUCCUAUACACGCUGCGCGUACAUCAUAGUCGCAUACCUGAUAUCGAAGAAUUGUUUUGCGCCAAUCUUCCGAAUAUAACGCUCGCGAAUGUAACUUUCACGGAUAUUUGUGUAACACCUACUAACAGUUGGGCUUUAAUCACACAGCUCAUUGCUGCUUUUCUAACAAUACUCACACUCUUGACUUGCAUUGCACUGUACUACAAGUAUGAGUUGGAGCUAAAAGUUUGGUUGCAUGCGCAUAAUGUGAACAUUGCCUGUUGCAGCAUUGACGAAAUGGACUGUAACAAAACUUUCGAUGCCUUCAUCUCAUAUGCGCACGAGCAGUCGGACUAUGUAAACCAGGUGCUCGUACCUGGGCUCGAGAAAACGGCACCUUACUUUCGCAUAUGCACACACGAACGCAACUGGCUUGCCGGCGCUUACAUACCAGAGCAAAUUGUCGAGUCGGUUGCGCAAUCGCGUCGCACCAUCAUUGUGCUAUCGCAGGAUUUUGUUGCAUCGCUUUGGGCGCGCAUGGAAUUUAAGACGGCGCAUCAGUUUGCUGUAAACGAACGGCGUGCACGCAUCAUUAUUAUUAAGUACGGUGAGGUGGGCGAUAUGGCGGGGCUUGACAGCGAAUUGCAGGCUUAUUUGCGUAUGAACACCUAUCUGGAGUCGGAGGAUCCGCGCUUCUGGCAGAAACUGCGGUACGCCAUGCCGCACCUUAGGGGCGAAGGCAGGAAAGCCGGUAUGCUCGAGGUGGGCGAAAGAGUUUACGUGCGUGGACAAGUGGAGUUGAAUCAAAUGGCGAUUAGCAAAUAA